CGAUCUUAAGCCAAGCCAAGUCAAGUGCAGUGUGACCCACAAUAAAAAGUGUGACCAGUGUGUGUGUGAGUGUGCCCCUUGAUAUACCCCGUAUACAAUCCCACCCCACAAUCGAGUUGCAUGUGAACCGGCGAUCCAAUGAAAAUGGAGGAUCCCACCAUUGCUGACACAUACGUGCAGGAGUUUAACUUGGAUCACUUGGGGGUCAACAAUACCACACAUAGCACUGUGACAGCUCUAACACCUGUGACUAUCUCCACGACAGCCGCCGCCGCCAUCGGUCAUGUGAAGCGCGAGGAUCAUAGUCCGCCUCAGCCCAUAAAAUGGACAAAUGAGCCGCCAGCAGAUGAUGAAACGGACACGUUGCCUCUGCCACUGCCCUUGCCGCUCCCUAUCGCAGUUCCGGAUGCGGCAGUCGGCGCUGAGCCUUUGGCAUCUGUAUCGCACAUUAAGCUGCGCUCCUUUUCAGGCCACCAUCAGUGGCACAUGGAUGAGCGCCGGUUGCAGCCACUCAGUCCGCCUCCGGAGGGCUAUGUAGGCGGUCCGAUGGGCGGGCAAGCGGUAUUGGUCAAUACAACUUCCGGGACGACAACAACCGCGGCAGCUGCUGCAGCUGCCGCUGCCGCUGCUGCGGCUGCUUCGACGGUACCUGUGGGCGUGCCCUCCACUCCACCGGAGACGCCGCCAGUGGUGGGCUCCCCAAACGGCAGCAGCAGCUGCCCCAGCCAGGCAUAUGCCCAUCACUAUCAUGCCGGACGCAGCAGCAACUCGGGCGCCAAUGUAGCCACAGUGGGUCUUAGCCAGGAGAUGAUGUGGCUACCCAACUCAAUGCGCGCCGAGCAACAGCCCUUGGACUUGCGCCCCCUUGCCUGUCCGGGCUCUCAGGAAGAGGCCGAAGAAUGGGAGCGUCAGCGCGAAUAUGCCAUGCAGGCCGCUGCAGCGGCUGCACAUCAUCAUGGACAUCCACUGAUGCAGAGCCAUCAUCACCAUGCCAUCAGGCAUAUGGCACAGGCACAACAUCCCACACAUCCGCACUUUCACAAUCUGGAGCACGCUCUGCCCAUCAAUAUGCACUCCAAUUCAGCCAACUCGUGCGCGGGCAGCCCGGGCCCCGUCAGUGUUCCACCCAGCAACUUGUAUCCAACAAUCUCCAAUUGUGGACCUCAUGUGCCCUCGGCGGGCAGCAGCAGCGGCGCUAGCAGCGCAUCCAACUCAAGGGGCUGUGUGCGAUCGAUUCUGCAGCCGUAUCGACCGCUCUCGGCCAGCUCGACGAGAAGCUCCAAUAACUCGCCUCACACUUGUUCCGGCGCCUACAGCAAUGCCACGCUGGAGGAUUGCAUCAACGACGACAUGCUGACCACUUUGACGGUGCGGGAGCUGAACAAGCGAUUGCAUGGCUGCCCGCGCGAGGAGGUGGUCCGGCUGAAGCAGAAGCGCCGCACGCUCAAGAAUCGUGGCUAUGCCCAGAACUGUCGCUCCAAGCGCCUGCAUCAACGCCACGAACUGGAGAAAGCCAAUCGCCAGCUCAACCAGGAUCUGCAUCGACUGAAGCUGGAGUAUUCGCGUGUCUGCCAGGAGCGCGAUAGCCUAAUGCAGCGCCUCCAGCAGCAGAGAACGAGCGCUGGCGCCGCCGGCGGCGCAGAUAGUCAGAGCUCCCCAGAGUUUUAUCUAUGACGCCAACUGGCGGCGGCCUCAUCAGCUUCCACCUCAAAUAACUCGCAUCCGUUGCAGCAGCCGCAGCAGCAUCGUGCCUCGCAUUCGCACUCGCACUCGCACUCGCACUCGAAUCCGCAUCCGCAUUCGCAUCCACAUUCGCAUCCGCAUCCGAAUUCGCAGUGGCCGCCCCAGCAGGUGGUCAACUAAAUAGAUCUGGUAAAUGGCGCCUUGAAAUAGUCCACAGGUGAAAAAGGGUU